UUGCGAUUCAUACUUGACAUUGUUAUUUUCAUCAUCAGAAUCACUCGUAUGGGUUGUUCAAUCUGUCAUUUUGGAAGAGAUCUACGCUGCAGCUUUGUCUGUUUUCCUCUUUUAGAUUCUGGAACUCUUUUGUUUCCUGUCAUGUGUUGUCCAGUUGAAGACUGCAAAGUUUGCAAGGGUGCUUUGGAAUCAUUUGGAACCUGCCGUUGGGAAGAAGACUUAGGCUUGAUUACCAGCAACUUUUUUCUUCCUAAGUUCAUGAGGAUCCUUUUGUUCUAAUUGCUGCUUUGCUCCAAGUCAUAAUUUGGAGAAAAGAUCUUUCUUUUCAUCAGGAGCUUGAUGUUUGAAAGAUGUUUGGAGCAGCAGUAGUUUGGAACUCUGACUUAUAACACUUUUUUUUUUUUCAUCUGCCGCAGUUGCUCUCCUUCAGGAGAAUAGUUUGUGCCCAUAAAAGGCAUGAUCUUUGAAAGAUAUCAAAGGACUUUUCACCUCCUUAAGUCCGUUGAGUUUCUUUUUUACAGCCAAAAGUCUCUUUGUUACAGGAGUUCUCAAGAGAGUUUGGCAUGCACUGAAUCAAGAUUCUUAUCAGAGGCCUUAUGCAGCAUUUAGAAUGUUAGCAUGUAAGCCACUCUUCUCUGCAGGCAGUACAACAGUGCCACUACUAUAGAUGGUGGAUUGCAGUGCAGGACGAUUGGUUGCAUGCUUCUCUAGUGGUUCAAGCAAAUGAGCACCAAGUGAAGACUCAUUUGCAGGUUCUUUGCAAGUGAAAAGUUCACCUUAUCCUAGCCCGGUCCUGUUGAGGAAAGACUCACAUUGUGGUUUAAAAUUAACAAAAUGCUGCCUAUCUUGCUCUGUUUGAUAUGAUUAUUUGUCCAAUCCUCCUAGAACUAUUUGAGAAAGGUCUCAAAUAUUUUAUGCAGAGAUUGUAAUCACCCAUAACUCAGUCUCUUAUACCAAACGGUGUGGUUCUUACAAUAGGAUCUUGUUAUGGUACUAAUUAGUAUGAACUUGUUGGAAGAGAACCGAAAGAUCUCUAAGAGUUUGAGAGACUUGGGAAAAUGUUUUUGAAAUUGUUUUUCUGUUUGCCUUCUUCAGAUCAGUAUUUUUAUCAUAUCCAAAAGAAUACAGCUUUUCCUAAUAACUGCUCCGGAGGAAUAGUCAACUUCCUUUGUUGGAAGUAACUGAAUUCCUACAUAUAGGAGAAAUGAAAGUUAAAACUUAACAUAACUUGUCUACUCUCAGGAAGUUUAUUAUAUAACUAAAAAAAUCAAGAAUGAUAUGUCAUUAUAAUUAAAUAAAACAAGAACAAUAAUGUUGUUUCAGCUAUAUGUCAUCAGUUGGCGCAUAAUAAUACAUCCUUCUUGACUUGGUGUUCAUUUGUUAAGUCACCCCAGAAAAGCAAACAACCAUGGAUGCUAUCUGCCAGAAAAGAACCGAGCAGUUCAAGAGAAAAGAUACGUCCUACUAUCAUUUGCCCAGCAGAACAUAAUGGGAAGAAUGAGCUUGUUUUCCCUUCUAUGAGGCUCACUAUCAUUUAACUUACAUAUUUCACAAAGCAAAUGCACCAUCUUUAAUUAUGACGCUGUUGUACAGCCUGCAAAAAAGAGGGGCUUAUACACUAAGAUUCCAACUGCAUAGACGAGUAAAGAUUUUGAUAAGAAUCUGUAACUGCUGUGUGCCCAACUCUGAAGCAACAUUUCGAUGUAAACCAAUGGAUACAAUGGACUUGAGAACUUGAAGGACUGGUCCAAAAUCCUUCACUAUUUUUGAAAGAUGAUGUAGCAUGCGGAUUAAAGGUUUUGAGGGAUAGGAAAACGAAAGAAAAUAAAAGAUAAAUACGAUUAAGAUUGUAGGAAUUUGCAACAUUUGCUGUUACAAUGUCGUCACAACUACAGUUACAGGGUUGUUAGGCACUUAAUUUAAUGAGAGAAGCUCAAUAGUGUUAAUAAUAAGCAAUUUAUUUAAUGAUGAUGAACCAUCCAUAUAUUUUGUAGGAUGUCUAAAUAGCCUAUCAUGACUAGUAUCUUUAAAUAGGAAAAAAUAAUAAAAGACUAUUAAUUAAAUAAGAAUUAAAAAUUUAACAAAAUAUGAAAUACUUGCUAAAAUAUGAUAAUUAUAAUAAUUAUGAUAAUAGUUCUACCUUGGUAAAAACUGUGCUAGAUGGUCCCACAUCAAAUAGUCAUGUUUUUUAUGGGAACAAACUAUGUCCCUGAAGGCCUGCUAUAUGUUGUAUUCUCAACUGGACAACACAUAGCAGAGGGAAAAAAGAGUUUCAGAGCCUAACAAGGGAAGAAAAAUAGAGAUGCAGCCUAGACCUCCUUCAGACCACUAGAUUAAGCCACCUAAGCGUGUGAUUCUUCAUGGUGACAACAAUAACAACAUAAAAAUUGUAGUCUGUUCUCCAAAAAUUAACUAGGCCGUGAAAAAUCUGAGGAAAAUUGAUGAUUAUGAAGAUGAUAUUGACUCCAUGCUCUGCAACUUUGGAGACAUCCAGAAGGAGAGAAGAUAAAAAAUUUGUGAGCGAGGAUCAAAUAGUGAGAUUGUCAUUCAAAGAAGGAAGAAGGCAAGAAAUUUCUUUGCCAUGCUGGCAGCAGGUACCCGGGAUUUCUUUCAGCUGCACCUGCUGUUUUUUUUAUCAAUAGCAGUUGGUGACCUUAUUUGGGCAAGCCCAUUUUUAUCAACCUUUGUGAUAAUUUACUGUAAUUCCUUCAUCCAUUCCUACUGCACUUCACCACUUAAUCACAUGUGUCUGCAUAGAACCAACAGGAUUGACUCUUCCUAAGGAUUUGUGUUUGGGUUGUUCUAGAACUAGGGACAGAGCAGGUACUGGUGUAAAACCAGUAUGAGUAGGUUAUGGUGCCGCAAGAGACCAAUAUACAUCGUCUACUGGGUUGCUUUGUUCCUUAUAACAGCCUCCUGGAACCUUUACCGAACUUUGGUGCUUGAGGUUGAGGACAAGCAUCUUUUUGAGAUAUUGGUACAAGCCAACAACAGAUGACACACGGCUGAAGCAACAUAUUGUUCUUGUUUUAAUUUUCACUUUUUAUAGACUAGGAACUAAGUUAGUACCGACAAGAGUGGUUAAUUACUCCUUAGGAGCAGCUGUCUUCCUUUGUAUUAUAUUAAAAUUCUGAUCCGGAGAUGACAGAGAAAAAAAAUUUCAGAGAAACUCUAAGAGAUCGUUCACUCCCUCAACAAACUUAUACUAAUUAAUGCCCUAACAAUAUCCUAUAGCAGGGACCAUAACAAGUAAUUGCUUACUGAUCAUCCUCUAAUCUUCUAUCCUGUUACAAAAGAUUAUUGGAAUUACUCCUCUAAGAAGAAGAGUACAGCAAUUAGAUGCAUCUGGUUAGUGUGUUAAUGUCUCUGAGCUGCAGGUAAGAUAUAACUGUUUCUUCAACCAUCCAUAAUGUCAAUCUGUAACACUGAUGAGCUUCAGGAAAAGCACUAUAAGCACUAGUAUUAGGUGAAAGAUAUAGGGAAAAUCAUUUUAAUCUCCAGUUCAUGUCUCUAAUUUUUGUUGUCUUGGGCCAGGUAAAAACAAUUAUGAAAAUAUACGCAAAGGAGAAAUAUAUCCUGAUGGUGAACCAGCAAGAAAAAGACUUUGAGGUGUUUGUUUCGUUCAAGGUGGGUGCUACAAGCAUGUCAGUGCUACGAAGUGUUUGGCAGACCUACUGGCUGCAUGAGAACUUUAUAUCCACAAAUAAUAUAUUAGAUCAGAUAAAGGAAAGCCUAGUGAAGAUGGAAGCUAGAUUUGUUGAUUUCAUCCAACAAUUAGAUGGAGCUGGAUGGGAUACACAUCAAAUAAACUUGAAGGUCCCCAAGGAAAUCACCAUUGAUGAAAGUAUCAGCUAGUACGUGCUUAUGUUGUUUGUAUUCUUCCGAGGCUCUUUCGAGUUGGCUUUAAAAACGGGACUCUUGGCCUGGAUGAGUUUUCUGGGUGAAAAUCAGGUUGCAACUGGAGGUUUUGAACAGGAUUUCAUAAUCCUGCGCAUAAUCAAAUACAAAUGGGAGGAGAUAUCAAGGGGAUCCAAGUUACACCCGUCCAGUUUUGGUAUAAUUGAGAUUCUAUAGAUGAAUAUGUACACAUUUUGGCAUCUUUAGUCUUCAAUGUAGACCAUACAGCUUCUAUAAAUCCUAGCAAUUCAAUAGUCCUCUUUCGAUAUUAGCUUUUUCGUAUGACAAAAUGACCGCCUGAGGCUCAAGUUCAAAAAUCAAAACCAUAGGAUGGAUUAAUCUUAUUAGCCGAAACAGGAGAUGCCAGAACAUUGCAUCAAAAAGUCCGCCCAAGAGAGCGUUUCUUCUGUUGAAAAAAACUUCGUAAACGACAUCGUUUUUGCUUAAUUAAACGCGGCAAAAUCAAAACCGGUGCAUUUAGAAAACAGUAACAGCGCCAGCUCGGCAGUUUCUUUUCUUCUACCCCAACUCCCGAAACCCUAACAUAGGUGUCAGCAACGAUGCUUUUAUCUGUUGAAACCACUUUCUUUCCAAUCAUCAUCACCAAAACUACGCUCUCCCCCCAGGUCAAAUUAAAUCAGCAUGUGCAGAAUCAGAGUUUGAGCUUCCCAUUACAACGGGCCCUCGCUGAAUACCUCCCCCAGGUCUCCUCUCUGCACCGCGAGAGAGCAUUCUGUCAUUGGAGGUGGUGAAGAGAAGGCCGUCAACGGGAGAUUUCCCGGCACCGAGAAUUCGUCUCAGAAAGAUGUACUUCCCGCGGUCUGCAGCGAGAGUUGAUGCCAAGACGCGUGGCGGUGAUCAUGGACGGGAGCAGGAGGUGGGCUCUAUCGCGGGGAUUGGCAGUGGGGUGCGGUUACGAGGCCGGUGUUCGGUCACUGAGAGUGCUCGUGGAGCUCUGUUUAAAAUGGGGAAUCAAGGUUCUCACCGUUUUUGCAUUCUCUAGAGAUAAUUGGUUUCGGCCCUGGGUGGAAGUUGAGUUUCUAAUGAGUUUACUUGAAAGGGUGUUAGAGGAGGAUACGCAGAGCUUUUUGAGGGAAAACUAUCGAAUUUCAGUAAUUGGAGAUAUCUAUGAGCUCCCGCUGUCCCUACAGGAACUGAUAAUCAAUUUGCAAGAGACCACAAAGAACAAAACCCAAUUCCAGCUGAUUAUAGCAGUUAGCUAUAGUGGAAGAUACAACAUUAUCCAGGCUUGCCAAAGAAUUGCAUUGAUGGUGAAGGAUGGACUUAUUGAACCCAGUGACAUCAAUGAGUCUUUGAUUGACGAGGAACUAGAGACAAAUUGUACCGAUUUACCCCACCCUGAUCUACUAAUACGGACUAGUGGUGAACUUAGAAUCAGCAAUUUCAUGUUAUGGCAGUUAUCAUACACUGAAUUAUUCUUUUCAACGUCGCUUUGGCCUGAUUUUGGAGAACCUGAAUUUUAGAAACAUUGUUAUCAUAUCAGCAAAGGCAGAGACGUUUUGGUGGAUGAAAUUGGUGGGCAAUUAAAGUUGUUUAGUGUUAGAUCAUAGAGUUGUUCAAUUAAUAGCUUGGAACUUAUUUUUUUUAAGUGAUUUUUGAGAUCUAGAUCAGCUUUAUCAUUUAUAAGCUUAAAAUCCACUGUUGAAACCAUGAUAUCUAGGAGGUGUAACUUAUUAAGAGAUGCAGAGGUUGUUGUAACAUGACUGCAGGCACUGAGGAAAGGUUGAAGACAUUUUUGGAACAACAUGAAAAUUUUUUUUGAAUCUAUUAGGUCUCUUUUUCUUUUUCCUUUUAAUUUUCAUAAGCACUACAAAGAUACUGUACUCGAGUUCUGAAUUCCAUGUGAAAGAAGUAUUACUUGUUGUAA